AGGCGGAAAAGCCGGGAGGAGGAGCGCCGCGCGUCCGUGCCGCCAGCCGACGGGGCGGCUGCUGGCCUCUGGGGCCGGGCCUGCCCCGAGCCGCGCGCCAUGGCGUCGGAGCGGCCGCGGGAGCCCGCGGGCGAGGGCAUCAAGUUGUCAGCAGAUGUCAAACCGUUUGUCCCCAAAUUUGCUGGGCUCAACGUGGCAUGGUCAGAGUCUCCGGAAGCUCGUGUGUUCCCUAGCUGUGCAGCCUCGUACUAUCCGUGUGUUCCGGAGCUGCCAGGCCCUGAGCAGAAGCUCUAUACUGACGAGGUGGCCUUUGGAGCUGCAACGUUUCCAGCCCAGUAUCUGUCUUCUGAGCUCGCCGUCCAUCCGUGCAGCUACUCUCCGUACCCCAUGGAGCCUGUGCAGCACAUGUGCCCGGUGCCGGGCUCGCCGUACGCUUACGGCCACCCCGGCUGUGACCGAGCGUUUCAGACUGUGAAGCCACGGAGCGAGCAGAUGUGCGCUCUCCCUCAUGGCACGAAAGCUCUGUUUAAGAAAAAAACGUACGAUGAACAAAAGUUUGAUAGCAAGAAGGCUGACGGACUUCUGCCAUCCGAUCUGAAAUCAGGUGGAGGCUCCCAUCCUACGUCCAUCCACAUGGAUGCUAAUUUGAAAUCAGAUGCUUAUCACCGACGGGUGGACAGGAAGUCCAGAAUCGUUGAGAAAAGUGGAUCUGCUUCCAAGCCGGAGUUUGAAUUUACUAGGCUGGAUUUUCCUGAACUGCGAGGUCCAGAGAACAGGGAGAUCACUGAGACGCAGAAGCAGCCCCAGUGGGGGCCUCUGCGUUCUGCCUCAGCCGACCUCUCUCUCCUCAGGGAGGUGGGGAAGCCCGCCAUGGGGACAGCAGAGGGUGAAGGAGCGGCGAGAAGCCCGAGCGUGGCCGAGUCCAUGGCCCCCGGUGCCGUGGCCGGGACCUCCUCGUGCGCCAGAGAGUUAUCUUGGACACCAAUGGGUUAUGUUGUUCGGCAGACAUUAUCGACAGAACGGCCACCAGCCCCUAAAAACGUUACUUCCAUGAUAAACCUAAAGACGGCUGCUUCAUCAGCAGACCCCAAAAGCGCUAGUAUGUCACCCUCUGAAGUUUUCUCUUCGGACUCUUCCUGCAAAGAGAAACACGCCUACUCUAUUAAAAAGUCCAAAGCGUCACAAGGUGGCGAUCCUGAACAAAAUGAAGCCUCAAGAAAGCAUAGGAAAAAGAAAGAAAAGCCUAACUCAACAUAUGAAGUGUUGACAAUUCAAGAGCCACCAAGAAUUGAAGAUGCCGAGGAGUUCCCCAACCUGGCGGUGGCAUCCGAGAGAAGAGACAGAGUGGCAUGUCCGAAAUUUCCAUCCAGACAGCAGCCACAGAAUAAUUUUAAGAGCAGUGGAAAGAAGAGCCAGAUUCCGGUACAGCUGGAUUUGGGUGGGAUGCUGGCUGCUUUGGAAAAGAAGCAGCACACCCAGAGUGCGAGAGCAUCCUCCAAGCCAGUGGUGUUCUCGGUUGGGGCGGUGCCAGUUCUCUCCAGAGACCCCGCGUCUGGGAAGAAGGGCCACUUCAACCAGCUGAAGACCCCGCACAACCCCUUGGACUCCAGCGCCCCGCUGAUGAAGAAGGGGAAGCAGAGGGAGGUCCCCAAGGCCAAGAAGCCAACCUCGUUGAAGAAGAUUAUUCUGAAAGAGCGGCAGGAGAGAAAGCAGCAGCGUCUCCAAGAAAACGCUGUGAGCCCAGCUCCCGCCAGUGACACGGUGCAGGACAGCGAGUGCGGUGGCGACGAGGCCCUGGGGCAGGCCAAGCCUUCAGAGGGCACAGAGGAGUCGGUGUCCCCCACUCCCACAGGGCAGAGCAAGCCCGAAGAGCCGCCGCCAUCCGAGCCCCAGAAGGAGGUGGACGGCCGGCGCCCGGGCCCCGAUGGCGCUGGCUGCCCCAGGAUCCACAGCCGGAGGUUCCGGGACUACUGCAGCCAGAUGCUGAGUAAGGAGGUUGACGCCUGUGUCACGGACCUGCUCAAAGAGCUGGUGCGCUUCCAAGACCGCAUGUACCAGAAGGAUCCUGUCAAGGCCAAGACCAAGCGGCGGCUGGUGCUGGGGCUCAGGGAGGUGCUCAAGCAUCUGAAGCUCAGGAAGCUGAAGUGCAUCAUUAUCUCUCCCAACUGUGAGAAGAUCCAGGCCAAAGGCGGGCUGGACGACACCCUGCACACCAUCAUCGGCUACGCCUGUGAGCAGAACAUCCCGUUCGUGUUCGCGCUCAGCCGCAAAGCCCUGGGGCGCAGCCUGAACAAGGCUGUGCCUGUCAGCGUGGUGGGCAUCUUCAGCUACGACGGCGCCCAGGACCAGUUCCACAGGAUGGUGGAGCUGACGAUGGCCGCCCGGCAGGCGUACAAGAUGAUGCUGGAGAAUGCGCGCCAGGAGCUGGCGGGGGAGCCCUCACCCCUCACCCCGGGCAGCCCGCCCCCACCCCCACCCCUGCAGGGCGCCCCUGUGCUCCCCACCGGGACAGACGAGCCACACUACAUGGAAAUCUGGAGAAAACACCUGGAAGCCUACAGUCGGUGUGCCCUGGAGCUGGAGGACUCACUAGAGGCUUCGACCUCGCAGAUGAUGAACCUGAACCUGUAGGAAGACUUCAUGGGGUGCGCGGGGGAUUUGGGGUGCGGAGGGGGUUGUGGAAGACUUUGGGGCCUUCUCAGUUCCUCGUUGACCUGAUGUAUUCUGUGUGGCUGUUUAAUUGGGAGGCGAAGCUGAGCUGUGCAUCCGGGGACCGGGCACUCAGGUGUGCCGGCGGGGGCCUUUCCAGAAGUUCUGGAGUUGCGGCUUCGGGUCUAUGAGCACAUGGAGUCCGGAAAGACCGUGUGCUGCUCGGAGUCCUGUGCUGUGAAGGAGCCCCUCUGAUGCAGCGGAGCUGAGCUGAGCCAUGUUCGUCCGUGCGAGGUCGUGGCCGCUGACCGGCACGGCCGCAGGGGAGCAUCCAGGCGGGCGGCGCCGGUCAGAGGCAGGGGCUUUCUGGGGACCUGGCUUUUUGGCUGGAAGAUUUGGGGAUACUUGGAGGAUUUGCUACAAAUGAGCCUCGGAGGGAAAAUUGGUUCUUUAACCUGUGAUCUUUUGACAUGAAUUACUCCUUUUUGUCUUUAUUUUUCCAAGAAGCAAUGUAUAUGGAGGUUCCUAAAUUUCAGUUUUGAUGAUCUACAGCUCCUUUCUGUCUCUGGUUAAUGAACCUGUUGUGAAUGUGGGUUCUGGCUGGGAGGCCAGCAGGGUAUCGCCCUUGUGCUCUCUUGCAGGAGGGCGUAUUUAUUUGGAAUAAAGAGCGAUGAUUUAAGA